GGAGCGCAGUCAGUGAGCCAAGUGGAGGCAAAGGUUCCGAUGCGUUUGUUCUUAGUGCUGAGUGUUUGUGUGGCAGUGUCCUCUGCCGGCGGCUACGGAGGCGGCGGCUAUGGAGGCGGUAGUGGUGGCCAAGCAUCAGCCUCGUCCUCGGCGUCAGCUAGUGCCGGAGCUAUAGGCGGUGGCAUUGGAGGCGGAAAACAUGGUGGUGGACACGGCGGAGGUGGAGGUGGCGAUUUUGGAGGCGGCUUCGGCGGAGAUGGUGGCGGCCUGUCCGGUGGAUCUAUCGGAGGUCCCUUCGAAGGUGGCGCUCAUUCAGGAGGUGGUGGUCAUUCUGGAGGUGGCGGCUUGAUUGGCGGCGGUGGCGGCGACUUCUUAGGAGGAGGAGGAGGUCAUUCUGGUGGCAACGGAAUUGGAGGUGGCCAUGCUGGAGGCGGCGGAAUCGGAGGUGGCCAUUCUGGAGGCGGCGGAAUCGGAGGCGGCCAUUCCGGAGGCGGCGGAAUUGGCGGUGGAGGUCCUGGUUUUGGAGGAAUCGGAAGCGGUGGCAGCUCUGCAUCGUCGUCGGCCGGAGUAAUUGGUGGUGGCGGCGGCGGACACGGAGGUGGCAAGCCUGGAGGUGGCUACGGCGGCGGCGGAGGUGGCGGAGGCUUCGGACCAGGAGGAGGAAUCGGUGGAGGUCACUCUAAAGGAGGUGGACACUCCGGUGGUCACUCAGGUGGCGGCGGAAUUGGAGGCGGUCCCGGAUUCGGAGGCCACUCAGGAGGCGGUAUCGGUGGAGGUCCCGGAUUUGGACCAGGCUUCGGUGGUGGCCAUAUCGGAGGAGGAGGAGGAGGUUCCGGAAUCGGUGGAGGAGGCGGCCACUUAGGUGGUGGCUUCAGCGGUGGGCACGGACACAAGCACGGUGGCCAUGGAGGUGGAGGAUACGGAGGCGGACAUGGAGGCGGCGGCGGGGGAUACGGAGGUGGACCUGGCGGCGGUGGUGGCGGAGGUGGCGGAUAUGGAGGUGGCGGCGCCCACUCAAGCGCUUCCGCUUCAGCCAGCUCUUCUGCAGGAGCUGGUGGUGGCGGUGGCUAUCAUGGCCAAGUUCGCCGAGAGUCCGUCAGUUCCAGUUCAGACAACUCAGUGAUCGCACAUAGAAUCCAGAUCGAUAUCGAUAUGAAGACUCUCAUUGUUCUUGCCCUGCUGGUGGCUGCUGCCUCGGCUUUGCCGCAAUUCUUUGGUCCCGGAGGUCCCGGGGGAUUUAGAGGGCCCGGCGGAUUUGGAGGUCCCGGAGGAUUCGGAGGACCCGGCGGAUUCGGAGGCUUUGGGCCCUACGGAGGUGGUGGAUACGGAGGAAACCCCUACGGAGGUGGAUACGGAGGAAACCCCUAUGGUGGAUAUGGCGGAAAUCCCUAUGGCGGAUUUGGCGGAAAUCCGUACGGAGGCUUCGGAGGUGGCCGUCAUCGCCAUCAUGGAGGCGGUGGCCGUGGAGGUGGAAUAGUUGCCCCCGUUGGUGUUGCCUCAUCAUCAGCUUCUUCGAGUGCCUCGUCCAGUGCUGGUGGCGGAGGAGCGUCCUCUUCAGCAUCCUCAUCGGCUUCAUCGGCUGCCGGCGCCGCCGGCUGCCGGUGCAGGAACCAAGUGUUUGGACCACUCUCGAGGCGACAACAACCCAACAUGAAACUAUUCAUCGCGCUCUCCGUUCUGGCGGCCGUGGCAUCUGCCCUGCCGCAAUUCGGCGGCGGCAACGCCAACGCCAAUGCGAACGCUAAUGCCAAUGCUCAGGGAUUCGGAGGAGGCCGUCAAGGAUUCGGAGGUGGCCCAGGAUUUGGUGGUGGUCCAGGAUUCGGCGGUCGCCCAGGAGGUGGAUUCGGUGGCCCUGGAUUCGGCGGUCCUGGAUUUGGCGGCGGCCCUGGAUUCGGCGGCGGCCCUGGAUUCGGUCCUGGAUUUAAUCGUGGAGGUGGAGGUGGAUUCGGCGGUCGCCCAGGAGGUGGAUUCGGCGGCGGUGGAUUCGGCGGUCGCCCAGGAGGUGGAUUCGGCGGCGGUGGCGGCGGUGGUGGCUCCGCUUCUGCUUCAGCGUCUUCUUCGGCGUCGGCUGCUGGCGGCGGUGGACGUGGAGGCGGUGGCUCUGCAUCCGCAUCCUCUUCAUCCUCUGCUUCUGCCAGCGGUGGUGGCGGUGGAUUCCGCGGCUAAGCCAAGACAAAAAAAAAAAAAAAACCAUUAAGAAUUUAAGCAAUAAGAAAUGACUGUGAAUAAAACGUAAAUAAAUUAAAAAGUAAAUACAAAAAA